AGGCCCACUCUGCCGGCCAAGAAUGGUGACCUAGCUUCCUUCCGGCUUGCUAAGCGGAGGCCGGAAGCGGUGGUGUUUAGCUGCUCUCUGGGUAGCAGGGUGGUGGUAGCUGCAGCGAAGGGCUCGCUGAGGUGCUCGGAUUCUUGUAACUGUGCCGGGAUUUAACCACUACCAUGUCAAGCAAAAGAGCAAAGACCAAGACCACCAAGAAGCGCCCUCAGCGCGCAACAUCCAAUGUGUUUGCUAUGUUUGACCAAUCACAGAUUCAGGAGUUCAAAGAGGCCUUCAACAUGAUUGAUCAGAACAGAGAUGGUUUCAUCGACAAGGAAGAUUUGCAUGAUAUGCUUGCUUCGUUAGGGAAGAAUCCAACUGAUGAGUACCUGGAUGCCAUGAUGAAUGAGGCUCCAGGCCCGAUCAAUUUCACCAUGUUCCUCACUAUGUUUGGUGAGAAGUUAAACGGCACAGAUCCUGAAGAUGUCAUCAGAAAUGCUUUUGCUUGCUUUGAUGAAGAAGCAACUGGCACCAUUCAGGAAGAUUACCUGAGAGAGCUGCUGACAACCAUGGGGGAUCGGUUUACGGAUGAGGAAGUGGAUGAGCUGUACAGAGAAGCACCUAUUGACAAAAAGGGGAACUUCAAUUACAUCGAGUUCACACGCAUCCUGAAACAUGGAGCAAAAGACAAAGAUGACUCAAAGAAAUUCAGAUUCCAGCCAAACGCUCCUUGUUGCCACUUUGGGUGUUUCUGAGAUUUUCUCUUGCAUGCCCUUAGCUUUACAGCUUUUGCAUUUCCUGUUGUAUUUAUUCGCAGCCAUUUUGGGCACAUGUAUCUUUAUACCAGACUGGAAACGGGACUUUCUAUUAAUAUCAUUUUCAGACUAGAAAAUAGGGUAAUGUAACCUACCAGCCCCUCCUUCCAAUAACUGCAGUCUAUACAGAGUCAAUAUAUUUUUUCAGAGAAAGUUAUUCUCUCAUUUUUUUCUGAACCAUAAUUAAACUUUAUGAUAAAAUA